GAAAAUGGAUUUUCUUCUUUGCGUAACACGACAAUGGGAAACUGCAGGAUGAAUUAAUCGGUGUGUUCAAGCAUGUGUUGUGCGCUUGGUGAUUAAAGAUGGUGAAAAAAAAAAAAAAAAAAGUAAAAAGAAAAUUCAAUCUACGGAUAAUAGUACGGAUUAUGGGAUGAAAUAAAAUAAUAGAAAGAAAGGCAUUAUUCGUAUUGUAAUAUGAUUAACGUAUUUUCAACAAUUUCCUUUUAGUUUGCUAUUCAUACCUAAAAUGUAAAGUCUCGAGUGUAUUUGUUCUCUCUUCAAUAUUACAUAUAUUCUACUAUUGCUUACAAAUUCUGACGAUUUACAUUUUAUUGUUGAUUAUAUAAAAGAUAACAAGGUUACAAAAAUUAUAACAAUGGCUGGGGCUGGUAUAUCAACUUCUGCAGGAAUUCCAGACUUUCGUUCUCCAACAACUGGAUUGUACGAUCACUUGGAGAAAUAUAAUUUACCAUAUCCACAAGCCAUUUCUGAGAUAGAAUUUUUCAAAAGCAAUCCCAAACCAUUUUUCGUGCUUACAAAGGAGCUACUUCCCGAAGGAUAUAAACCAACAAAAUCACACUAUUUGUUCGAAAAUGUGUGAUUCUGGCUCACACUACCAAUGUUCGAUAGCUUAUUAUGAUUUGCCGCCUGUCCUUGGGAGC